AUGAAUUUCUUUCCAGUGGAUCACAAUAGAACAGAGACAUGGCGGGAUCUGUACUUCGACCUGAAGCAUUCUCUGCAUGACAACUCUUCAAGAGGACACAUGCGCCAUCGGCAACAGAUCUGGAACGGCUUAGAAAACAUCACCCACUGUAUGAUCUCUAUGCUUCGCCAGCGGCCGCGCUUGGAGAAGACAGCUCGUUGUAGACAGAAACUGGUUUCCUUGGGAUACGAGAUGACUCAGAAGACACAGGGACUUAAAGGGGUGCCAUGUUCGAGCCCUUCAAAGGGUAUUCAAGUCAGAGGCUCGCGGUAUCUGAACCUGCGACUUGGCGGCUUGGGUAAUGAGGAGGUGAGAAUCUCGGUGUCCAGAGUGUAUCUCGAUAAGAGAGAUUAUAUAUGCGGGUUUCGGGCAAGAAGACUAGACGGAGCUGAGAACUUUCGCAUCGGCUUGAUUCAGCCUGACGCGGAAACACAUUUCAGCCUCAGAUCAUCGGAUCAAGUCAUAGCUGUUCAUGUGGCGAGUACCUUUGGUGGUUUAGUUGGUCUUGCUUUUCGGAUCAAGGAUGAGCUUGGCGGGGUGUCAUGGAAGCUCAUGGGUAAAGUUGACAAACCUGACGAUUAUGUUGGCAUAAAAAUGCUAAAGCCGCAAAAUGGCCCCUACAUAAGUGGACUGUUACUUGGGCUUGACGCUUGUAAGGUCGUUUCUGUCCAGCUGGUCGAGAAGCUAGGCGACGUCCCUACCAUCCACACGCCAACAACUUCCGAACAACUUCUAUGGCACCCUGCAGCUCCCCAACCCGACGUGGCGACUGUAAAACCUCCCACCGUUGAUACAGCCUCACCACAGCCAGCCUUCAUCUUGAACAUGGACUUUGGCGGCCCAAGUGGUUCACUUCUUCCACUCCUGAACCGGGUUGCCAUAUUUGUUGAUAGUAGCGUUACUUUCAGUAUCAGAGGCCUAGGCUUCUACUACACUGACGGAACAGAACGGGAGUUUGGCAUUCGCGAAAUCUGGGACGAUUCAAGAGAACGAUUCUUGGCCAUUGAACAGUCUCUGUCUAUCAAUGGACCGGCCGGUGAGAGAAUUACUGGUGUUGGGUUCCAAACCCUUCGUUUCCACCGGGAGCAUGCUGUGCUUUUUGCCUACUCUCUCAUGAUAACUACCAGCUUUGGACGACGUUUGAAGGCGACUAAUAAGGGUAUGCCCUGGGAAUAUCCUGAAGAUGGCUCGUCUGAAUGGCAUAACCUUGUUUCACCUCACGGAGAGAUUAUAACUGGGUUUCUGGCACAUCCUUAUAUGAGUACAUCGUUGUGCACCGUAGAAUCUUUCGGAUUGGCACAUCUCGACCAUCGAGACUCGUUUCAGCUUGAUUCGCCUCCAAGUACGUUCAGCUACGACCAAGAGGAAGCUCGGUCGCGGAUAGAUCCUUACUCUAAUUGGUCGAUGGACCGAUUCCCAUCGUCGACUGUACGCCUCAACGGCGUCAAGCGCGUAGGGAUCUCUUGCGGAAGAACAGGGCGUAACCGACUGCCACAUCACGUGUCUGGUUUCUGUUUCGAAUUCUGGGACGGAAGAUCGCCGGUCUACAUUGGGCAGUGGUUCCACGAGAUUGACCAUCUUGACCUUGAUGAAGGUGAUAGGAUAACGGAUCUCACUCUCUGGGAGGAAGUAGAGAUUGAGGAUGAUGGUUCCACCAGCCAUUUUGGAAAUAAAAAGUUUACCGGAGUGCGGAUCGAAAAGUCUGGUGCUGAACCAAACGCUGUUGAAGUACACCCUGGGUUACAUGGCGAUAUGAUCGAAGCACGUCAUGCGGAGAGUCACUUUGAGAGAUUGGACGGCUUUGUCUGGUCGCUGUACCUUAAGGGUGACAGUUUUGAGGCUAGGACGAAACCUACAAAGUUGGCUAAAGGUGAUCUGUGCAGAGAGUUUAAUGAACACCAAAUAGUAUCCACAGAUUGCAACAGGCUCUUCUGGAGAUUACAAGAUAAAGAGGGAAGCUGGACGAGUGUUUCUCAGAUAACAGCCUUCUUCAACCCUCUAUACCAACGGCUCUGCGGUAUGGAGUUUAUGUACAGAGAUGGCCAGCUGAAGCGCGCUGGCUAUACCAAGGGAACCAAAGCAACGCUUACCCUUGAUCGAGAUGAAGAGGUCACAGGCGCAACUUGGAGACCUAGGAGAGAGCACGGUAGUGACGAGCUUUCUGUAAGUGUGUUGAAACUUCCCGGAGUAACCUAG